AGACCAAAACACGAAGACUUUUUUUUAAAUCUUUGUGAGUGAAAGUCUUGAAGGUGCGAUGGGAUGCGAAGUCGGUAAAAACAGGAAGACAGAGGACCCAGCAGCUCCAUGUCGCUUCAGUCGUGGCUUCCUAUCAAACGUCCGGGUCUCCAUCCCUCGCAGACCCGGACAUUCUGCUGCAUUUCCCCGGGCUGUGGGAGUGGACCUAGAGCUGCUUCCUCCAGGUGACAGGGAAGGAACGUCUGAGAAAGAGAAACCUCCUCCAGCCCUCGUUUCGCUCUUCCUGCCCGAGUUUCCGCAACGUAGAUCUCCAUCAGAGGAUUGUUUUCAGGUUCUCGAUGUCAUCGCUAAAGGCUCUCUUGGACCGGUCCUAAAAGUCAGGUUUUUUCGUCAGGCGAAGGUUUGGGCUGCUAAGGUUCUACCAAAGUCAGAGAUCUUAAGACAGGGAGUGCUGGAGCAAACAAAAGAAGAAGUAAUAAUUCAGAGGCAGCUCAGACAUCCGUUUAUUCACCGUGUGCAGGACUGCUGGCAGACACAGCACCACCUCUUCAUCAUGUUCGAAUACUGCAGCGCUGGAGACUUGUACACGUACUGGUUACUGAAGGGCCAGUUUGACCAGGACCAGGUUCGACUCCUUGCUGCAGAGCUGGGCAGUGCCUUGGGUUUCCUACACGAUCUGGGAAUCGUCCAUAGAGACGUAAAGAUGGAAAACAUUCUGUUGAGUGAUCAAGGUCACCUCCGCCUGUCUGAUUUUGGCCUGUCGCGCCGACUGACUCAAGGAGGACGAGCGUUCACUGUAUGCGGAACGAUUCAGUACAUGGCUCCUGAGGUUUUGAGUGGGGGUCCGUACAGCCACGCCGCAGACUGGUGGUCUCUCGGGGUUUUGUUGUUCUCGCUGGUUACAGGAGAGUUUCCACUAGCUGCGGAUUCGAACCACAUCAACAUGUUGAAGAAAGUCACAGACUGCCCUUAUGUUCCACCAAAGACCCUCAGCUCUGACCUCACCCUACUGCUCAGUGAGCUUUUGUGCAAGAGUCCAGGGAGCCGCCUCCGUGACCUGCAGCGCUUCAAGACUCAGGCCUUCUUCAGGGGCGCCUCCUUCGACUCGUACAUUCUCCAGAAAGCGCCGGUCCAAUUCCUUCUGGAGCUCAGAAGCCACCCUGACUGGGCAGCCACGUCGAGGAGAGGCUCCGUGGCGGACUGGCUCGAGAACUUUGACUUUAAUAACACCUUGAGUGCUCCUUUAACUCUCACUGAACUGCCUCCUGCUUCGCCUGGCCAGGACGUGACGUUGACUGCAGAGCAGGACUAGAAACCAUGACGACGCGACUCAUUCUAGGUUUGAAUUCAGUCACUAAGCGAUUGACGAACAUCCUCAUUUUUUACCAUGUUUUUACCUUUCAGUCUUUUCUCUUUAUUUACAGAUAU